AUGGGUGGUUCAAAGUCUAUGAACAGUGUCAAGUACUCAUCCCUGGUGGCACUUGCCUUUAUUAUUCGCCCCACAGCAGUCAUUCCAUGGAUACCUUUGCUCUUCAGACAUUUCUGGCAAGCACAGAGAAAGCUUGAUCUUAUUCUACAUCAGUUUUUACCUGUUGGAUUUGUCACUUUGAGUUGGUCUCUGAUAAUUGAUCGUAUAUUUUUUGGUCAAUGGACUCUGGUUCAAUAUAAUUUUUUGAAAUUUAACGUGCUGCAGAAUUUGGGGACAUUUUAUGGUUCUCAUCCAUGGCACUGGUACUUCAGUCAAGGAUUUCCCGUUGUUUUGGGUACUCACCUACCCUUCUUUAUCCAUGGCUGCUUUCUAGCCCCAAAGAGGCACCGGAUACUUUUGGUAACUGUGCUGUGGACACUUCUGAUUUAUAGCAUGUUGAGCCACAAAGAAUUCAGGUUUAUCUAUCCCGUUUUACCAUUCUGUAUGGUGUUCUGUGGGUAUUCACUAAACCACCUGAAAAUGUGGAAGAAACCAGCUCUAAGUUUCCUGUUUUUAUCAAAUAUGCUCCUUGCCCUCUAUACUGGUUUAGUUCAUCAACGAGGUACUCUUGAUGUCAUGACUCAUAUUCAAGAACUCGGUUACAACAAUCUCAAUAAAUCUGAAGCUUCAGUAUUUGUAAUGAUGCCUUGCCACUCUACUCCUUUUUAUAGCCAUGUCCACCACCCACUACCAAUGAGAUUUCUCCAAUGUCCCCCAGACCUGACUGGAAAAAAUCAGUAUCUUGAUGAAGCAGAUGUAUUUUAUCAAAAUCCCUUAAGCUGGUUGUAUAAAGAGUUUCACAACAAUUCAACACUGCCUACUUACUUGAUCAUUUUCAACGUUUUGGAAGAGGAAAUUAGUGCUUUCUUAAUUUCAAGAAACUAUGAGAGAACUGCUAUUUUCUUCCACACUCACUUGCCAGAGGGUCGAACCGGAAGCCACAUAUACAUCUAUGAACGGAAGUUAAAAGAGAAACUCUAUAGAAGAUGA